UUUUUCUUUUUGCGCCAUGGCGCACGCUGCAUCCCAGCUGAAGAAGAAUAAGGAUGUGGACGUGAACGCCAUCGAGGACGACAAGGAGCGCAAGAGAAGGAUCCGGAAACAUUCGCGAGAUCAAAAGAAAAAGUCGGACAGCAAUGCCAGCUACCUGCGUGCCGCCCGAGCGGGUAACCUGGAGAAGGUCCUCGACUACCUUAAGACCGGAGUGGAGAUCAACAUCUGCAACCAGAAUGGUUUAAACGCGCUGCAUCUGGCCUCUAAAGAAGGCCAUGUGGAGGUGGUGGCUGAACUCCUGAAGCUCGGAGCGACUGUGGAUGCAGCAACCAAGAAAGGAAACACGGCGCUGCACAUCGCCUCCCUGGCUGGCCAAGCGGAAGUGGUGCAGGAACUAGUCACCAACGGAGCCAACACCAACGCACAGAGUCAGAAUGGCUUCACUCCACUGUAUAUGGCUGCACAAGAGAACCAUCUGGAAGUGGUCCGCUUCCUCCUGCAAAAUGGCUCCAGCCAAAGCAUUGCCACAGAGGAUGGCUUCACCCCGCUGGCGGUGGCUCUCCAGCAGGGUCAUGACCAGGUGGUGUCCCUGCUCCUGGAGAACGACACCAAGGGCAAGGUCCGGCUGCCCGCCCUGCACAUCGCCGCGCGCAAGGACGACACCAAGUCCGCCGCCCUGCUCCUCCAGAACGACCACAACGCAGACGUCGAGUCGAAGAGUGGCUUCACACCCCUCCAUAUCGCAUCUCACUAUGGCAACAUCAACGUGGCAACCCUGCUGCUGAACAGAGGAGCUGCAGUGGACUUCAUGGCGCGGAAUGAUAUCACACCUCUGCAUGUGGCGUCCAAGAGGGGCAACAGUAACAUGCUGAAGCUGCUACUGGACAGGGGGGCAAAGAUCGACGCCAAGACCAAGGAUGGCUUGACGCCAUUGCACUGUGGAGCUCGUAGUGGCCAUGAGCAGGUGGUUGAGAUCCUACUGGACCGUGGAGCACCAAUCCUCUCCAAGACGAAGAACGGGUUAUCCCCUCUGCACAUGGCGACGCAGGGCGACCACCUGAACUGCGUGAAGCUCCUGAUGCAGCAUGACGUGCCGGUGGACGACGUGACCAACGAUUACCUCACAGCGCUGCACGUGGCCGCCCACUGCGGACACUUCAAGGUCGCCAAGGUCAUCGUGGACAAGAAGGCCAACCCCAACGCCAAAGCACUGAAUGGUUUCACUCCUCUGCACAUCGCCUGCAAGAAGAACCGGGUGAAAGUGAUGGAGCUACUGCUGAAACAUGGAGCCUCCAUCCAGGCCGUCACAGAGUCGGGUCUCACUCCCAUCCAUGUAGCUGCCUUCAUGGGCCACGAGAACAUCGUCAAGCAGCUGAUCCACCAUGGAGCCUCUCCCAACACAACCAACGUGCGAGGAGAGACGGCGCUACACAUGGCUGCCAGGGCUGGCCAGUCAGAUGUGGUGCGCUACCUGAUACAGAGCGGAGCCAAGGUCGACAUCAAGGCCAAGGACGACCAGACGGCGCUGCACAUCUCCAGUCGGCUGGGGAAGGUGGACAUCGUGCAGCAGCUGCUGCAGCGGGGGGCCUCGGCUAGCGCGGCCACCACCUCGGGCUACACGCCGCUACACCUGGCCGCCCGCGAGGGACACCGAGACGUCGCCACGCUGCUCCUGGAGGAGGGGGCCUCGCUCUCCGCCACCACCAAGAAGGGCUUCAGUCCUCUCCACGUGGCUGCCAAGCAUGGGAAGCUGGAGGUGGCUAACCUGCUACUGCAGAGAGGAGCAACCGCAGACGCAGAGGGAAAGACUGGUCUAACACCAUUGCAUGUGGCGGCUCACUAUGAUAACCAGAGGGUGGCUCUCCUCCUGCUGGACCAGGGAGCCUCGCCGCACGCAGCCGCCAAGAACGGCUACACCCCGCUGCACAUCGCGGCCAAGAAGGGUCAGCUGGACAUCGGCACCACGCUGCUGGAGUACGGGGCCGACACCAACGCCUGCACCAAGCAGGGCAUCAGCCCCCUGCACCUGGCCGCCCAGGAGGGCAGCGUGGACCUCUUAUCUCUGCUGCUCAGCAAGAGCGCCAACAUCAACAUGGGCAAUAAGAGUGGGCUGACUCCGCUGCAUCUAGCGGCUCAGGAGGACCAGGUGGGGGUGGCAGAGGUGCUGCUCAACCACGGAGCCGACAUCGACGUCCGGACCAAGAUGGACUACACCCCAUUGCAUGUCGCUUGUCACUACGGCAACCAGAAGAUGGUGAACUUCCUGUUGGAGAACCGGGCGAAAGUCAACGCCAAAACAAAGAACGGCUAUACCCCUCUCCACCAAGCUGCCCAGCAGGGCCACACCCACAUCAUCAAUUUGCUGCUGCAGUACGGGGCGUCGGCCAAUCAGCUUACAGUGAAUGGGAACACACCUCUGUCGAUUGCUCGGAGGCUGGGUUACAUCUCCGUAGUGGACACAUUAAGAGGAGUCACGGACGACAACCUCAGCCAUAAGGCUGCGUCGGAGAAACACAAAAUGAACGUCCCAGAGACCAUGAACGAGUUUCUCGACAUGUCGGACGACGAAGUGCAUAGAGCCUGUCAGCCAGAGUUCACCUGUGAGGUAACCUGUGAAGAGAGUCGCUCUGGUGGCGGUGGGGAAGAAGGAGAAGGUGAGGAUGCGAUGACCGGGGACACGGACAAAUAUCUGCGGCCGCAGGACCUGCGGGAGUUGGGAGAUGACUCCUUGCCGCAGGAGGGCUACAUGGGCUUCAGCAUCGGAGCCAGGUCCGCCAGCCUGCGCUCCUUUAGUUCUGACAGGUCGAAUACCCUCAACCGCAGCUCCUUCGCCCGCGACAGCAUGAUGAUCGAAGAGAUCCUCGCCCCCACCAAAGACCCGCAGCACCUGGCUGUCUCACGAGAGUCGGAGUGCAUGCGGCGAUACAGCUGGACGCCAGACACCAUGGACAAUGCCAACACCGUCUCCAGUCCUGUCCACUCCGGCUACAACUCUCCACUUCCUCAGUAUGACUCCAGGUUCCUAGUCAGCUUCAUGGUAGACGCGCGGGGCGGCUCCAUGCGGGGCAGUCGCCACGACGGCAUGCGCAUCAUCAUCCCGCCCAGGAAGUGCCAGGCGCCGACACGCAUCACCUGUCGGCUGGCCAAGCGGCACCGCCUGGCGUACCCACCGCCCAUGGUGGAGGGAGAGGGGCUGGUCAGCCGGCUGGUGGAGAUGGGGCCUGCUGGGGCACAGUUCUUAGGGCCUGUGAUCGUAGAGAUUCCCCAUUUCGGCUCCAUGCGUGGGAAGGAGAGGGAGCUGAUCGUCCUGCGCAGCGACAACGGGGACACGUGGAAGGAGCACCAGUACGACUGUCGACCCGAAGAGCUGCUGGUGCUCCUCAACGGCAUGAACGAAGAGCUGGACAGCCCUGCUGAGUUGGAGUCUAAGCGCAUCUGUCGGAUCGUCACCAGGGACUUCCCACAAUACUUUGCGGUGGUGUCUCGGAUCAAGCAGGAGAGCGACUACAUGGGUCCGGAGGGCGGAGUGCUGUGCAGCGAGACCGUCCCCAUGGUCAAGGCAGCGUUCCCACCCGGCGCUCUCACCAAGAGGAUCCGAGUGGGCCUGCAGGCUCAGCCAAUCCCGGAGGAGCUGGCCCACAUCGUGGUGGGUAGCCGCGCCUCCUUCAGUCCCAUCGUCACCGUGGAGCCUCGGCGGAGGAAGUUCCAUAAGCCCAUCACCAUGACGAUCCCCGUGCCUCCGCGGAUACGGGAGGUGGCCGCCAGCGGACGGAAGGGAGACCUCGCCCCCUGCCUCAGACUGCUGUGCAGCAUCACGGGAGGAACGGCCCCUGCUCAGUGGGAGGACAUCACCGGCACUACGCCACUGUCCUUCGUCACAGACUGCGUGUCCUUCACCACCAACGUGUCUGCCAGGUUCUGGUUGGCCGACUGCCAGCCAGUGUCGGACACGGUCGGCGUGGCGACGCACCUGUACCGGGAGCUGAUCUGCGUGCCGUACCUGGCCAAGUUCGUGGUGUUCGCCAAGACGCACGACGCCAUCGAGUCGCGCCUGCGCUGCUUUUGCAUGACGGACGACAAGGUGGACAAGACGCUGGAGCAGCAGGAGAACUUUGAGGAGGUGGCACGCAGCAAAGACAUAGAGGUGCUGGAGGGCAAGCCCAUCUUUGUGUAUUGCUAUGGCAACCUGGCUCCUCUGACCAAAAGUGGGCAGCAGCUCAUUUUCAACUUCUUCGCCUUCAAGGAGAACAGACUGCCCUUCAAUGUGAAGGUGCGAGACUUUUCCCAGGAGCCGUGUGGUCGUCUGUCCUUCAUGAGCGAAGCCAAAACCAGCAAGAGCCACCAGCAGAAGGCCAUAUGUAACCUCAACAUCGCACUGCCCACGCACCGGAAGGAAAUGGAGUCUGAUCCUGAUGAUGAGAAUGAAAACAAAGAGCGACGUCAUGCCUUUGCAUCUCUAGCUUUGCGUAAACGCUACAGUUAUCUGUCGCCCCCAACCUCCAAGAACACACCUCAGCAAAAAGCCUCAACUAUGCCCCAACAGCAGCAGCAUCAUCAACAGCAGCAGCAGCAGCAGCCGGCUCAGGGCUAUGCUUACAAGCCUGUCUUUUCAACGCGAUCCUACCAGUCUUGGUCGAAUAACUCUCCCGUUCACGCGCCCACUCAGGCCAAAUCCGGCUUCGGCUCCCUGUCCAGCUCGUCCUCCAACACCCCCUGUGCCUCACCACUGAAGUCCGUCUGGUCCAUCAACUCCGCCUCCCCCAUCAAAUCGGUCAUCGGAGGUUCCCCAGCUGCCUCCGUUAGAUCCUGUAGUGAUAUAGGUUCCCCUGCCCGCUCGUAUAGAACCAUAUCCUCGCCGAUAAAGACAGUGGUGCAGCAGGCCCAGUACCCGGUGCAGUCCUCGCCCACACUCGUGUCAUCCCCAGUGAAAAGUGCCCCCGAUCCUGUGUCGGUGAAAGGCCUGGCCGCCCUGCAGGCCCGAACGUCCCCCGUGCCACAUCUGGAGAGGUCCUCCAUCGCAAUGACCCCGCCGGCGUCCCCCAAAUCCUCCAUGAGCAUGUACGGCUCCACUUUGCCCUACAACAAAGUGGGGACCUCCACUGCCUCCGCCACAUCUUCACCGAUCAAAACUGUCCCAGGUCUCUCUGUUCGGACCAGCACUGAUCCCUCCGGUGUUUCCCGGGGACUGUUCUCAUCCCUGUCCUCACCCCUUAAGUCAAAUGUAGUGACGAGCACUGCAGCACUGAUAAAUGGGACAGUUUCCCCAAGCAAAUAUCGCUCUGCCUCUCCCACCUCUCUACUAUCGAGCACCCUACAAGAGCGAAUCCAGGCCACAACACACGCAGCCACAACCAGCGUCAAUGCCGCCCUUGAUGAGGUGGAAAAAACCUUCAACUCCUGUUCCGCUGGCUACGGCACAUUAAAGUCUAUGUCUUCCACGCCUUCCUCCUCCUAUCAGUCAUUCCGCUCCUCUGCUUCCAAUUCCAUUUAUGCCAACAUGAGGCCCUCGCCCCCCACCACUGCAUCGGCCACGUCGAGCACGGUCACAGUUCCUGUUUAUUCUGUUAUGAACGUCUUGCCUGAGCAGCACCAGUUUAAAAAGCUUCCAGACGUAUCCAAAUCAGCUGCCGCCCUCUUGUCCCCUAGAAAAACAGCACCCCCUGAACCCAGCAAACAGUCCCAGUCUUCCUUUGCCAGGACUUUGUCACCAGUCAAAACCCCACUGUUCAUGUCUCCCUCUACUGUAAAGUCUACUGCCCCUGCGUCCCCUCUCUCGUCCAGCCAAGAGAUUCUGCGAGAUGUGGCUGACAUGAAAGAGGACUUGAUCAGGAUGUCAGCCCUGCUGCAAACAGACACCAGCUCUUCUGCAAAAGGUCUACGCUCCGAUUCUCCCAAAGAGAAAAUGGAGGACGAGGAGCCUUUCAGAAUAGUCGAGAAAGUUAAGCAGGAUCUCGUGAAAGUCAGCGAGAUACUGACAAAAGAUGUGCUGCGAGAGGGCAAAGUUCCCCGCAAACCAAGCAUUGAGAAUGAGGAUGAGAUAGAUGACAGCCAACACAACAACUGGAGAAGCCCUCCACGCUAUGAGACAGUGGCCCACCAGACUAAGUCAAAAAACGUACCCGACAGGGAUUUCAACCUAGCAAAAGUGGUUGACUACCUUUCACAUGACAUUGGUGCUAGCCCCCUUUCCAAAAUUGCAGAGGCCAAGCAGAGGAAUGAGGAGAUGAGAAGAGAGGGUGAGGAAAAACAGAAGCGAGUGCUAAAGCCUGCCAUAGCCAUUCAAGAGCACAAGCUCAGAAUGCCCCCAUCUAACAUGCGCCCCUCUGCCUCAGAGAAAGAACUCUGCAAGCUCGCCGAAGCCUUGUUUGGAAACGACUCUAUGCUGGACUCACCAGACGACAUAUCCCAUGACCAGGACAAGAGUCCACUAUCAGACAGUGGCUUUGAGACUAGGAGUGAGAGGACUCCUUCUGCCCCUCAGAGCGCUGAGGGGAUGGGGCCCAAGGCUCUCUUCCAGGAUGUCCCGAUCCCACCUGUUAUCACUGAAACCCGAACAGAGGUUGUCCAUGUCAUACGGAGCUACGAGCAUCCCGAUGACAUUCACGAAUCUACCAUGGAGAACACCAGGGUGUCUAAACCACCUCCCCAGUGUAUCGACAUGGAGCCAAGAUCUCCAGGCGGGUCCAUUAAAGAUCGGGUCAAGGCCUACCAAGCAAAGGCGAACUUAGAUGAGGAGUCCAUGAUGGCAAAAGGCAUGAGGGUGAAAGAGGAGACACAUAUCACAACAACAACUCGCAUGGUGUACCACAAGCCUGCCACUAAGGAAAGCCCAGCUGAAAGACUAGAAGAAACCAUGUCUGUGAGAGAUAUCAUGAAGGCUUUCCAGUCAGGCAGAGAUCCAUCCAGAGAACUGUCAGGCCUGUUUGAGCAUAAGGCUGAAGGUGAAGGCCAAAGAGCAGAAUCCUCAACAAGGCCCUCAGAUAGGGACAUGUCUGGAAUGCCCAAAGUAGAGAGAAUCAUUGAGGUGCACAUUGAGAAAGGCAAAUCAGAGCCAACGGGUGUCAUCAUACGCGAGACUAAAAAACAUCCAGAAAAGGAGAUGUACAUCUACCAAGGCAACAGCGGGAUGAAGGAAUAUCACACCAGAGGACAAGAAGAGGAGGAGCAAGAGGAACACCUGCCUUGCUAUUUGGACUCCUCACGAGUGAACACACCUGUGUCUCAAGAAGACGACAGCCGCCCGAGUUCUGCUCAGCUCAUGGCGGACGACUCCUACAAAACUCUGAAGCUUCUGAGUCAGCACUCUGUGGAGUACCAAGAUGACGAGUCGUCUGAAGUUAGGGGAGAGUCUUACAAAUUUGCAGAAAAAAUGCUCCACUCUGAUAAAUUUGACUCGUCCCACUCAGAUUCUGAUGAGUCAGUGAUUGAUAGGUCUCGCAUGCAGGGCCCAGACAGGAAUGUCUAUGAGGAGGGAAGAAACAGGGGCUGCAUGAGAGAAUACAUGCUAAAACCAUCAAAAGGUUCCUCAGAUAGAGAUAGAUCCAACCCAGAUGGUCAGUAUGACAAACUAACACUGCUCCAGUACUCCUCCGAGCCAGGCAGCCCUAAGCAGUCUGUAUGGAUGCGAGUCACAGAGGACAGACAAAGCAAAGGCAGAGAGAAGGUCUACGAAGACAGGGUGGACAAGACAGUGAAAGAGGCAGAAGAGAAACUCAGUGAGGUUUCUCAGUUUUUUCGUGACAAAACAGAGAAACUAAACGAUGAGCUGUCAUCUCCUGAGAAGAAGUCCCGCCGUCCAGAUUCUAGGGAGACGAGGUCAGGGCCUAGCUCCACACGUAGCAGCCCUGAGAGAUCACCGUACCGGAAUGGAGGGAGUGCAGAGGAAUGGAGCAGGGACAGAUUUAGAGAUAGAUAUGGGUCAAAUGACAGAAAAUGUGCCAGUUUGCCAAGUAGCCCAGAGAGGCGUGCCCUCUUUCAGUUUGGAGACGAGAGACAGAAACAGACAGAUGUCUCGUCGACAAGUAGUUUGAGUGACACUUCAAAAUCAUUCCAGCCUUCUACUUCUAAAGUCAGUUCAGUAAGAAUGAAGUUUGAGGCAGAGGCUCAAAAACAAGAUAAAAGUCCUCAGUGGAGUGGUCAGAACUCACCAUCUCCUAUCAGAAGGCUCUCGGAAAGCAAAUCGCAAGCCUAUCAAGUUUUUGCAGGUUCCAAUGCUAAUAAGUCAUCAGAAUCCUGUAGCCGAGAGCAAAGUCCAAAGAAAGCCCAUGAUCAGGAAGGCAGUCCAAAAAAUGGACAAAGCUAUUAUGUAAGAGGAGCCCAAGCGUAUUCCCAGAGUCAGUCAGGUGAAAGAAAUAAACCACCUCACAAAAGUCCCAGGCAUAUGAAAGAGCAGGAGUCAGAAGAAAAAAAAACUUACAGGAGCUGGGAAGGCCAUGGCAAUGGAGGCCACAGAGGCCACAAUGAGAGUGAGGGAGAAAUAGCCACCAAGGAGGAGACCACCAAAAAGAUUAUCUAUACAGAACUCGUGAUCCGAGAAGAUAGCAGCAGUUCCGAUCAGUCCAACCGAGCUGUAAAAAAAAACUCGGAAUCGCAAAUUCCUGUUAGGGUAUCAUCUAGUUUUGUAAACCAUCAUCAGAGUAGUACAUUACAGUUAGAUAAUUCAGUCAAAGCUCAUGAUAGGGGUAAUUCACAGAUACCCACUUUAGCUAGAAGUCGGCUGAACUGUAGCUCUGACGAUAACAAAUCAUCUAGUGAUUUGUCAUCCAUAGGAUCAGAGUCCAUUGCCACUGUAAUUUGCAAUGGUGUUGAAAGUGAUCAGGUAGAGUACAUGGAAAAGGUGUCACCUGUUACAACUGCAGAGAAUUUUAAAGACAUCAAGCCUCUACCAGUUUAUGUUAGCAUUCAAGUUGGCAAGCAAUACGAGAAAGAAACCGCCACAGGUCAGGUGAGCACAUAUAAAAAGAUAGUAAGUCAUGAAAGCCGGACUGUACAUGAGACAAGAGGAGCAUUUUACUCAGUAAAACAAAAGCAGUCUCCCUCCCCCCAGGGUAGUCCAGAGGAUGAUACAUUGGAACAGGUGACCUUCUUAGACAGUUCAGGAAAGAGCCCAGUUACCCCAGAAACACCAACGUCUGAAGAAGUAAGCUAUGACCUUACCUCCAGAACACCAGAGUCUGUCAUCGGUCAAAUGGCAAGCAUGCCAAGUCCUAUCCCAGAGGAGUCUGAAGAAGAGGACCAGGGCAAGACUUUUAUCUUCAAUGAGCCCAAAGCAGCAAAGUCAUCAGAAAAACAGAAAGGAGUCCAAGACCCCCCCAAAAGACUGAAAGACAAACGAGUUGCUUAUAUAGAGCUACCAAAAUCUCCUUCUUCAGAUGGAGAUCAGUCUGACACUAACAAGAAAGGAUCAUGCCCGUCCUCUGAGGCCGAGACAGAGAUGAUGGAAGUGAACCUUCAAGAGGAGCAUGACCGGCACCUCCUUGCAGAACCUGUGAUUCGAGUCCAGCCUCCCUCUCCUCUUCCCCCGGGUGCUGACGAGAGUGACUCAAGUGAUGACGAGUCAGUGUUUCAGCCCAUUCCACUCAAAAAGUACAGUUUCAAGAUAGCUGAAGAGAGCGCUGAACCAAAACGAACGAAGCAGAGGAAGGAUAGAAAUGGUGGACAACAAAAAGACCCAGGCCUGAAUGAUGGCGUUAAAGCAGAAGAUGUUGACCUUGAAGCAAAUGGCAAUGAUCAAUCAAUUACAGACUGCUCAAUAGCCACCACAGCCGAGUUCUCCCACGACACAGAUGCCACAGAAAUCGAUUCUUUGGAUGGCUAUGACAUGCAGGAUGAAGAUGAUGGUCUGAGUGACCCAAAAACAUCAAGCCUCUCGAAUGAUGGGAAGGGAGGCGAUCGCUCAUUCAGCCAAUCCAAACUUGAGGUCAUUGAGGAAGAAAGCUCACCAAAUGAGGAGGGCGCUGGGGGUAAGGCGAAAUCAAAAAGCUCAAAAGAUACUGCAGAAGAAGAAGACUUUUCCCUAGAAGGAAGGCACCCAGAUAGGCAAGGAGUGGAAAGUUGGACGGAUGACUUGAACACCACCUUUAAAACUGUUGCCACCAAGGGUCUGGAGUUCGAUCCGUGGUCCACGAAAGAGGGCGAUGACUUCGACUCGAAGGGAAAAGAUGAUGACCCCAAGCCUUUUGGCCUGUCAGUAGAAGACAAGUCACAGGCCACCACUCCAGACACUACCCCUGCUAGAACUCCUACUGAUGAGAGUACACCAACUAGCGAGCCAAAUCCUUUCCCCUUCCAUGAGGGCAAGAUGUUUGAGAUGACUCGCAGCGGUGCAAUUGACAUGAGCAAGCGGGACUUUGUUGAAGAAAGACUUCAGUUUUUCCAGAUUGGUCCCCAAAGCCCUUGUGAGAGGACAGAUCUCCGAAUGGCCAUCGUGGCUGAUCACCUUGGGCUUAGUUGGACGGAGGUGGCUCGUGAGUUGAACUUCUCUGUGGAUGAGAUCAACCAUAUCCGUGUGGAGAACCCCAACUCCCUUACGGCUCAGAGCUUCAUGCUGCUGAAGAAAUGGGUCAACCGCGAGGGAAAGAACGCCACGACGGACACGCUGACUGCUGUGUUGACCAAAGUGAACAGGAUGGACAUAGUGACUUUGCUGGAAGGGCCCAUAUUUGACUAUGGUAACAUUACAGGCACCCGAAGUUUUGCAGAUGAUUGCGGUGUGUACCAGGAUCAGGCUGAUGGUUGGCACAGCGAGACCUCCAGCGUCAACGUGGAGCCGCCCACCCCCGGACGCAGCCUCAGCUCCGACCUCAUUGACAGGCAGGAGAACAGCCAGGAGAAUUCCAGCGAUUCUGUGACGUCAUCGUCGCGGGGUGAGUCUGCGAGGCCGCGUCAGAAUGGGGAGCGUUCCGACAGCCCGCCACAGAACACCAAGAGCCAGCGGAGCGGGAAGCAGGGCAACGGGAACGGCAACGGGGCACAUGGGAGAGAAGAGGGAGCGCUCGUCUCUGAACACAAAGUCCAGCUGAACUCAGAGUCUGGCUCGGACGAGGAACAUACCGUCACCACCAGGGUUUUUCGCAGACGUCUAAUUCUAAAGGGGGAGGAUGCGAAAAAUAUUCCUGGUGAAUCGGUAUCGGAAGAGCACUUUGUAGAUCAGGACGGGAACAUCAUCACUAGAAAAAUCAUCAGGAAAGUGAUUCGCCGUGUGGACACUCCCACCCCUGAUGACCAGGCCGGGGAGGGGGGUGAUUACAACCAGUACCACGGACCCAACAUAGAGGGGGACCUGCAGGGGGAUGUGUCUAAGACGAGACGAAAGGAGGAAAAGAGAACUGGCGAGAAGAAGGCAUACUCAUAAUGGAGGCUCUGCAAUAGCAGGCUUGCAGGAUUCACCAGCCCUGUUCCUCCAAGGCAGGGCAGUGUCCUGGCUGCAACGGUUCGGACAAGUGGACGACGACUUUGGCCAAUAAACACACGACCGAUUCUUCAGACGUCCAUUAGCAAUGGCAUGGUUUGGUGUUUGUUGACAGAGAAGACUUACUGUUUGAUCUUUUCCGCAUGAGCAUGGCAACUCACACUUCAUCCUGCAGAGCGGGACUUCGAUUACCUGUGGUGACUUCCCAGCUGCCCCUGGGGUUGGCUGGGAGGCGACCACUUCCUGUCUGUCACGGGACACCUAAGGACUUCACUUCCUGUCACAGAAGGUAUUACUUCCUCUCUUUAGAGGAGUCCAUAUGGUACUAUUUCCUGGCUACUGAGGGACCUAAAGGGCACUACUUCCCAGUCUACAGAGGAAACUCUUGCGAACUACAUUUUCUGUCUCGACGAAGGGACUCAGUGUGUUGUUUUUCCUGACUCUACCGGGACUGGUAAAAGCCAGAGAUUGCUUGCCACUGGCACUAGAGGGGAAGAGGAACUAAGGGAGUAUCUUCACAAACAACGGGCUUGCAUUCCCAGACUCAGCUGCAACUCAACACACACCGUGUCAUGUGACCAAAGAAGGCACAAUCAAUUUUGUUAAACGAUCAACGCAAAGUCAAAACAAUAUGGAUUCUUACAAUGCUCCUCCCUCACAGGCCUUAUAGCUUCUAUCUCGGACCCACAACGUCAGGAUGUAAAUUGCAAUUUUUUUAAUUUAGCCUAACUUAAUUUUUUGUUUGUUUUAAAGACAAAUUGAUGAUGAUUUUACUGUAUAUAAAUUACAUUGUGUAAAAUUCUGGGGGGAAAGCAUUCAAGGUUCAGAAGGCACAGUCACAAGAACUUUUUAAGUGCUUUCAAUGUUGUUGAAACAGUACCACUCCAAAGGAAGGCUUAAGUGUAAGUUCACAUGCUCUUGUAUAACUAAUUAUUAUAGCUAAAAUAUUUGUAAAGUGAAAAAAUGGUUGAAUUUUAACUGAAGUCAUUUCCUGAAAACUUCUGCAGAUUCUGGACUUUCCAGAAUAUGUGUGCUAAUCUAAUUCUGUGAAACAAAGAUUUAGAGUACUAAUAUUUUGAUGCAUGCUACUCACGUUAUUUUAAGUACAUUUUUCUAAGUUUGCAAACACUAUAUUUAAACCAGACCAGAAAUAACAUCGCUAUGUCUGCUUCUACAGUCCUCGAUGUUUCUCACAAGUUUUAUAUCUCAGAAAAAAAUGUCACCUAGAGAAUGUGAAGGUUAGGUACCUUUGUUUGGAUGCUUCCUUGAGGAUUAAUGUAUUGUGUUCUUCUUUGAUUUGAAGAGCAUAGCUUCAGGUGUUAGCUUGAGUGCUACGGAUGAGAGAAUAUCUGAAUGUAUAUGCUGGUAGACUGGCUCGCUGUUUAAAAUUAGUAGUGUGUCCUGUGUAAAAGGCUAUAGGAUGUAGAGGUCUCUGUAUGUUGUAAGGCAAUUUGUAAUCAUGUGAGUGUAUUCAUUAAAUUUUCGUUUGUUUGUUUGUUUUGUUUCUUCUUUUAAGGCUGCUGUGAUUUCAGAAAGGGAAAAAGACAUUUUUUUACAGGGGUUUCUUGAAAUAUUUCUUCCAGACAAAAACAAGAGGUUCACAUUUGACCUUCCUCAUAACAUAUUGUGUGUGUGUAUGAUACAUUACGAAAAACAAAACACUGGAUGAUCAUAAUGAUUAUUUAAGCUUCAAUCAAUUUGUUUAACUUAAUAAUGUGUGACAUCUUUUUAGAGUCUGUAUAUUGCAGUGUCUGCAUUUGGUUUGAAUGAUAGCUUAGAAUUUUAUUUUUGCAUUUAGAGUUUUUUCUUCUUUGAAUGUAUUUUCAUAGAGCCUGUUUAGUUGAAUCUGUUGUGUGUAAGGUGUGACAAUUCAGCCUUUAGUGUGAUGACCUGCUUUGUAGACUUGAGAUUGUUUUGGAGAGGAUUCAUCGUGAUGAGAUAUCGCCUUCUGCAAUGUUACUUUUUUUUGCAUCCCCAUGUAUACAGACAUCUGUCUUGGGGAAAGUGUAUGGAGGACUUUUCACAAGGUCCAGAUAUUCUGUUGAUUUUAUUUUAUUUCAUGUUUUGUUUCCACCCAAGCAGCAUUUUUGGUGUAUACAAUUCUUACUGAGUGAAGCCAUUUUAAUGUCUCUAUUUCAGCACUUUGGUUAUUGAAGGUCUUCUCUUUUAGAAGCUAGCAGCAAUGACGCCAUCACAAUGUCUCAGACGUCUUUAAAAAAAUUCAAUAUUAAAAAAAUAAAUUAAAAAAUGCAUUGAUUUUGCAAA